AUUAAAAUCCAAAUCACCUCCGAGUAAGUACACGUUCUUAAACCCUGUUGAACCCACCCACCUCCACUAUAUAUAUCUAUAUUCAAUAACUCUAUCCACCAUAAAUAUCUUAUUGAUUUUCGAGUUAUAUUUUGCCGAUAUAUAUACACACACACACACAGUCACACACUUUUGUAGGUGAUAAAUAUAAAUCGAUCAUCUUUGUGAAAUUACAGAAAAGGCGUUGAUUAAUAGGAUGAAAAUUCAGUGCAACGUUUGCGCGGCGGCGGAGGCCAGCGUGUUCUGCUGCGCCGACGAGGCGGCGCUGUGUUGGAGCUGCGAUCAGAAUGUUCACGCCGCCAACAAACUCGCCGGAAAACACCAGCGCGUUCGUCUCUCUAGCUCCUCUACCCAGAUGCCCAAGUGCGAUGUUUGCCAGGAAACAGCAGGCUACUUCUUUUGCGUAGAGGACCGAGCUUUACUUUGCCGAAAAUGUGACGUGGCUAUACACGCAUCGAACUCCUUAGCGUCGGUGCACAAGAGGUUUCUGCUCACGGGAGUCAAAGUUGACCUAGAAGCCACCGAACCUCGUAAAACAUCAUCUCUGGAGAAAACGAGCACUACCGAUUGUAAAACCUCGGAAUUCGAGCCGCCGCCGACUCUUUCAAAGAGGACCAGUUACCAAGCUAGUGUAUGCGGCGGUAAUAAUAAUAAUAAUUCAUCAUCUUCGUUGAAGCCGCCGCCUCUCGCCGGAGGCUCGUCCUCGGGAAGUGUUCCGCAGUGGCAGUUGGAUGAAUUUAUCGGGCUCGGCGAUUUCACUACUCAAGGUUAUAAUUUCACGAACGUUGCCUCGUCUAAGGCGGAGAAUGGGAACCGCGGAGUUUCAGAUUGCUUCGAAAUUCUACGAGCUGGCGGUGAUGGUGAAUUAGAGGGGGAUGAAAACUUAGGUCAAGUGCCGUCGGCAACAUUCUGGGCUGUGCCAGAAAUACCCUCUCUACUACCCACAUCAUCUGCCCUUUACUCGCCUAAAAUUUACCAAAAUACCCUCGACUCGUCUGUCUUUGUGCCCGACAUGGAUUACCAUAAUAAUCAAUCACACAUUGCGAGCUCGAAACGGAGGAGGAAUUUCUGAUGUAUAUAUAUCCCUUCGAGUGUUACUUCUACUACGAAAAAGGACGGUACUUUAGGGUAGAUAUAAUAUUUUUUUCUUUCUUUUUUCGAAGUUUAGGUAUGUGUUUGGAUAAUUAAAUAGUUUCAUAUGUAUGUAUAGCUUAUGGUUGCAACAUGAAUAUGAGGAUGUAUUAUAUAGUGUGAUGCUAUUUAGGAUAUGAUGAUGUAUUAGGGCCUCUUUCGUUUGCAUUAUUACUCAUGAUGGGAUGAAUUGUACUCCGGUAUACAACGUUUGGUUUGCUUGAAAUACCAUUCUUGACAAGUGCCCCCACCAA